AUGAGCCUCUUCUUUAACGCCGAAACAAUGCGCUUCGAGCACACGCUGCAGGAACCGAAGCCCAAUCGCAACGUGUUUCUCGACGUGAGACCGAUCUCGGUGGAAAAUGAGGCCACCCCGGGCCAUUCCAUCAUUAGCGGCUUACAGGCUCCGCACGCGUUUAAUAAUCGCAUCGGAUUUCCACCCAUCACUCCGAAGGAAGCGUUUGUCAGUGGGGCGACCACAGGCAGUCCGAAGACGAGUACGGUCUACGAGAGCUCCAAACCGAUCUACAUGGUUCUGCGGGCCCUCGGAGUGCUCCCGUAUACGCGUUUGGCGAAAGGGGACUCCGCUUUCGUGCUCGCGUCGCCCUCGAUGUUUUACUGUGCCUCGUUUUUCAUGCUGAUCACCGUCUACAUAGCGUUUAUCGCCCUGAACCGCAUCGAGAUCGUGCGAACCCUCGAGGGUCGCUUCGAAGAGUCCGUUAUUGCGUACCUUUUCAUCGUGAAUAUCCUGCCGAUCCUGAUCAUUCCGAUCAUGUGGUACGAGACGCGCAAGAUCACCUCGGUCAUGAAUGGUUGGGCCGACUUUGAGACCGUUUACCGGAAGACGGCCGGCCGCACGCUGGAGCUGCAGCUCCGCACGAAGGCCAUGCUGGUAGCCGCUCUGCUGCCGAUCCUGUGCUCUCUGUCGGUGGCUGUCACGCAUCUGACGAUGGUCGACUUUAAGCUGCCACAGGUCAUUCCAUACUGCAUCCUCGACACGAUCACCUACAUGAUGGGUGGUUACUGGUAUAUGACGUGCGAAACGCUCAGCACCACCGCCAAGAUUCUGGCGGAGGACUUCCAGCAAGCGCUACGCCACGUGGGACCGGCGGCGAAAGUGUCCGAGUACCGGUCGCUGUGGUUGCGGCUGAGUAAGCUCUCGCGUAACACGGGCUUUGCGACCUGUUACACCUUCACCUUCAUCUGCCUGUACCUGUUCUUCAUCAUUACGCUCUCGAUCUACGGGCUGAUGUCGCAGAUUUCGGACGGCUUCGGCGUGAAGGACAUCGGUCUGGCCGUCACGGCGUUCUGCAGCGUGGGGCUGCUGUUCUACAUCUGCGACGAGGCUCACUACGCGUCGUUCAACGUGCGGACCAAUUUCCAGAAGAAACUGCUGAUGGUAGAGCUGAGUUGGAUGAACACGGACGCGCAAACGGAGAUCAACAUGUUCCUGCGCGCCACCGAGAUGAACCCAUCGAGCAUUAAUUUGGGUGGGUUUUUCGACGUAAACCGCACGCUGUUCAAAUCGCUGCUGGCUACGAUGGUCACGUACUUGGUAGUGCUUCUGCAGUUUCAAAUCAGCAUUCCGGAUGAGUCGAGCACUAUGAUGGUGGGCAACAGCACAUUCUAG